CUCCAUACAUAGAUAAUCAAAUGUUACUUCAUAGCUUCAUCUAGAUACAGAGUAGAUCACUGACUUAUUCCUAACCUCAAAUAUGUGUAUUAAAGAUCAAGCUUUCGUUCAAUAGUUCACAUUUAAUAAGUGAAAUAUUUAUUACUAAUAAAACAAAAUAAGGUAAUUUAUAACAAUGAUGUUACGAACAAAACAGAUAAGUGGCAUUUGUUCGUUAACACUGGGUAAUUUUGUAAAAUGCGAACGGUUUGAGCUAAAUAUAAUUUAUGCACAGUGUAUUCGAUGGAAAAGGAAACCGAUUUGGUUACCAACUGCGAAGAGCAAGGUAUUCAGAGUACCUCAAAGGCCAAAAAUACCUACAGAAGAAUAUAUAGAACUUAAAAGAUUAAAUAAUAAUUACAGAACAGCUAUGAAAUCACUUAUGCAACAUUUUGAAAACGAGUUUAAGAAGAGUCAAGUCCAAUUUGAUGAAAUAACUAUAAAUAAAAUAGCAGAUGAGGAUUUCAUACAAUCUAAUUUAAUAAAUGAUGAAUGGAACAUGCAAAUAGCCAAAAUUAGAGAAGUCAGAUUGGCAAAAGAAAAAGAAGAAAGAAAAGAAACUAUAUUAAAAAAGUUAUUAAAAAAAGAGGAAAGAGAUAAACAAAGGGAACAAAAAAUUGAAGAGCAUGUUAAAAAACUUAAGGAAGAAGUACCUACUUUUAUAACUGCUGCAAAUAUAGAUAAAGCAAUUGAGGAAGCAUUAAUAAAUAUUGUGAAUCAUGAAUAUGCUAUUGAUUUAAAAGGAAACAUUUACACUGAUAGUAAAGAAACAAGUGUAAACAGUAAUAAUAUUGUGAGCCCAUAAAUAAAUUAAAAUUAGUUCGUAGAAUUCCAUUGUUUUUUCUUCAUGUAUUAAUGUAAAAUGAAUAUAUUUCACUUUAUCUUGAUUAUUGUAUCUCAUUUUACUUUCGGAUUAAAAUAUACAUGAAUCAAGAAAGUGUUUGUAA